UGCGCACUUUGCAAGUCCUUGGACACCGCCCCGCUGGGUCGGAGGGUUCUGAUUGGUGCAUUACCGAGAUGCUCCCGCCCCCUCUUCCUCCAAUCCCGGCGUCGGACCCCGUGGCUUCUGGCGGGUUCCUCCUGUUGCGCGGAUACGGUUGUUUGUUCUUCGGCUGCUCGGCACCUCCGACUGCGGCGUGCGCGGGGCCCGGAAGCCACAGGAGAAAUAAAAAUGUUGGCUUAUUAAUAGCAGCGAUCGCUUAUUGAGACUGUUGAUGCAAGGAACCUUAUGGACCCGUCUUUGCUCUGCUGCUGACCAGCCCACCCACCUGUGCCUAGCCUUCUUGCAGGCCUCCUACCUGUGUCUGUGGGACCUUGUGACGUGGAGUUCCAAGCAGCCGGAGAAGAAAACCCUCUCAUGCUAGCAUUGCAGACCCCAGAGGGUCCGGUGUGGGUGCUGAGAUGGCCAAUGAGAAUCACGGCAGCCCCCGGGAAGAAGCGUCCCUGCUGAGUCACUCCCCAGGGACCUCCAAUCAGAGCCAGCCCUGUUCUCCAAAGCCCAUCCGCCUGGUGCAGGACCUCCCAGAGGAGCUGGUGCAUGCGGGCUGGGAGAAGUGCUGGAGCAGGAGGGAGAACCGUCCCUACUACUUCAACCGAUUUACCAACCAGUCCCUGUGGGAGAUGCCCGUGCUGGGUCAUCAUGAUGUGAUUUCGGACCCUUUGGGGCUGAAUGCGACCCCACUGCCCCAAGACUCAAGCUUGGUGGAAACCCCCCCGGCUGAGAACAAGCCCCGAAAGCGGCAGCUCUCGGAAGAGCAGCCCAGCGGCAACGGUGUGAAGAAGCCCAAGAUUGAAAUCCCUGUGACACCCACGGGCCCGUCGGUGCCCAGCUCCCCUAGUGUCCCAGGAACCCCGACGACGAAAAUUUGGGGGACAUCCCCUGAAGAUAAACAGCAGGCAGCUCUCCUCCGGCCCACUGAAGUGUACUGGGAUCUGGACAUUCAGACCAACGCUGUCAUCAAGCACCGGGGGCCUUCAGAGGUGCUGCCCCCACAUCCUGAGGUGGAGCUGCUUCGCUCCCAGCUCAUCCUGAAGCUUCGGCAGCACUAUCGGGAGCUGUGCCAACAGCGAGAGGGCAUUGAUCCCCCCCGGGAAUCUUUCAACCGCUGGAUGCUGGAGCGCAAGGUUGUGGACAAAGGCUCUGACCCCCUGUUGCCCAGUAACUGUGAGCCAGUGGUGUCACCGUCCAUGUUUCGAGAAAUCAUGAAUGACAUUCCCAUCAGGUUAUCCCGAAUCAAGUUCCGGGAAGAAGCCAAGCGCCUGCUUUUUAAAUAUGCAGAGGCCGCUAGGCGGCUCAUCGAGUCCAGGAGCGCAUCCCCUGACAGCAGGAAGGUGGUCAAGUGGAAUGUGGAGGACACGUUCAGCUGGCUUCGGAAGGACCACUCAGCCUCCAAGGAGGACUAUAUGGACCGCCUGGAGCAUCUGCGGAGGCAGUGUGGCCCCCAUGUCUCGGCUGCAGCCAAGGACUCCGUGGAAGGCAUCUGCAGCAAGAUCUACCACAUCUCGCUGGAGUAUGUCAAACGGAUCCGAGAGAAGCACCUUGCCAUCCUCAAGGAAAACAAUAUCCCAGAGGAGGUGGAGGCCCCGGAGGUGGAGCCCCGCCUGGUGUACUGCUACCCAGUGCGGUUGGCUGUGUCUGCACCCCCCAUGCCCAGCGUGGAGAUGCACGUGGAGAAUAACGUGGUCUGCAUCCGGUAUAAGGGGGAGAUGGUCAAGGUCAGCCGCAACUACUUCAGCAAGCUGUGGCUCCUUUACCGCUACAGCUGCAUUGAUGACUCUGCCUUUGAGAGGUUCCUGCCCCGAGUCUGGUGUCUUCUCCGACGGUACCAGAUGAUGUUUGGCGUGGGCCUGUAUGAAGGCACAGGCCUGCAGGGGUCGCUGCCCGUGCACAUCUUCGAGGCCCUCCAUCGACUCUUCGGCGUCAGCUUCGAGUGCUUUGCCUCGCCCCUCAACUGCUACUUCCGCCAGUACUGCUCCGCUUUCCCCGACACAGAUGGCUACUUUGGCUCCCGAGGGCCCUGCCUGGAUUUCUCCCCGCUGAGUGGUUCCUUUGAGGCCAAUCCUCCGUUCUGCGAGGAGCUCAUGGACGCCAUGGUCUCUCACUUUGAGAAACUGCUUGAGAGCUCAGUGGAGCCCCUGUCCUUCAUCGUGUUCAUCCCCGAGUGGCGGGAACCCCCCACCCCGGCGCUCACCCGCAUGGAACAGAGCCGUUUCAAACGCCACCAGCUGGUCCUGCCUGCCUUUGAGCACGAGUACCGCAGCGGCUCCCAGCAUGUCUGCAAGAAGGAGGAAAUGCACUACAAGGCCGUCUACAACACAGCGGUGCUCUUCCUACAGAACGACUCUGGCUUUGUCAAGUGGGGGCCAACCCCCGAGCGGCUGCAGGAGCUGAGUGCUGCCUACCGACAGUCAGGCCGCAGCCACGGCUCCGGCUCCUCCAGCUCUACCGGCUCUUCCUCCUCCGAGACCAAGGACCGGGAUUCAGGCCGUGAGCAGGGCCCUAGCCGUGAACCUCACCCCACUUAACACAUCCCGCGGGGAGGAAGAGCCCCAGGGUGCUGUUCCGGACUGCUGGGACUCGGGCUUCUUGGAGCUGAGCAGACCCCAGGGCCCUCCCCCUGGGGUGGCAGCAGGACUCAGGCUGCCAAAGACAUAGGAAGACGACAGCUCUGCCAGGGCUUCCUCCCUGCCCCACCCCCAACUGCCCACCUCAGACUCACUCCAAGACCCCUGUAAAUAGGCCCCAGAGACCUCCCUCCUUCCCCUCCAUCCUGUUGCCACCUUGUUUCAUUUGUAAAAGGAAAUACAGAAACGGCCCCAAGAAUGUGUGAAGGUCUUGAGGGCAGAGAAAGCUGAGGAACCUGGAGUACUGGGACCACUCCCCACUCCACCCAGGCUCACCUUCUCAUGACCCUGGGGCCUUCACACCAGCAGGACUUCAGUGUCUACUGCUCACUGGUUGUCCCCACAGCUGGGUCCCUAGGGACCUCCCGGCAUCAUCUACCUGGCAAGCCCCAAGACCCCACAGCUGGGCCUGCAGGGUGAGCACGAGGAGUGGCCUCUAGCUCUCUAGUAGGCGCUGGAGGCCUGCGGGCCCUGGAGCCCCUACAGUGAAGGGCAGCCAGGCAUGUGUACCAGCAGAGUUGAUCACCAAGAGGAAGAGCAGUUAAGUACCUGCCACGGACUUUGGGGUGCAGCCUCACACACCUGACUGCUCCCACUCUCUGAAGCCCUCUGCAGGGAGCAGGUGCUCCUCUGGUGCCCAGGAGAUGAAGUGGGGUCUAAAGGUGCUCAGUGAGGUUCUCACCAUCUCAGCCAGCGUUCCCAGCAUCAGGCCUCUGCCCAAGGGUCUGCCCUGCUAUUAGGCCACGGUCCUUAGCGGUGGUGGGGCCAGUCGCACUGGGACCAGGCAGCCUUCACUCACCCACCCUCUGGGCUCCUUCCUGCUUCCGAGCCCUUGCCUGGUUCAGGCUUUAGCAGCAAGUGGACAAAGUAAGCCAGCCAGGGCUGGACUCUGGUCCCUUUAUUGAGACUGAGGGUCCAUCCAAACAAAAAUAAAUUUCUCUCCCAAAGCCUGCCUGCAGGCUGGGGCACCCAGCAUGUCCUGGCUGGGGCCCAUGACUCCCUUCACCCCGGUGGCACAGGCCUGGCUCCCCUGGACACCAGGAUGCUGGCUGUCCGGUACCGGGAGACCCUAGGUGGAACAGGGAGGCAGCUCCCAGUGGGCUCCCCCCGCCCUCCAGCAGGACUGGCCCCGAUAAUCCAUGGUCUGUGGUGGGCCCUUGGGGCUCAGUCAUCGGUCAGGGUGAUGACGUCAUACUCGAUGCCCUGGUGUUGCAGCUGUUGGAUGUGUUCAGGCACUGCCUCCUCUGUGCCAAACAGGCCCUGAGCCUGGGCCAUGGCCGCAUCGGCCACCGCUGCCAGGGGAAGGGAAAGGAUGGUGAGCCUGAGGUCCAGGAGUAGGCCUGGGCCCCUGGCUCCUGCAGUCCUCAGGGGCCAUCCCAUACCUGUGACAGCCGAGUGUGCUGCAGCCUCAAGCUGGGCCUGGGUGACAAGCUGCUGGCCUGGUGACACAGGCACAUACUGGAUCUGGGGGAAUAAGCCAGUGAGAUGGGGCCUUGCAGUGGGCCCAUCCCUGCCCAGCUCCCCAAGGGCCCUACCUGGGACUCCUGAAGGAAUGGAGCCCCCUGUUCAUACUGGAUAUGUGUGAUCUGGCCCUCUUGUACCUGCAGAGAGGAAGCCAACCCCGUGAUUGUGGAAGGAGGAUCUAUGUCCCUCUGCCCUUUGCCCCAGGCCUGGCCUACCUGGAUAUGAUGGCCCUCUGGGACCACGACGUAUUCCUGGGGGAGCAGGUGCUGCACUCCGUCCUGGGAGAUGAUGUACUGUACCUGAAGGGUGGAGAGGAGGCAGGGGCGGGGCCCUCUCACCAGGAGCUCAGCUAGGAAGAUGGAGUAGGGACCAGGGACAGAGGCCAUCAACCAUGGCAGUGACAGACA